UGUACGGUCUUAAUCAAUUCAAUAAAAUCUAAAAGUUUCGAGCUUUCCUCUCUAGGUUUACAAAUCUUACAGAAUGGCUCAGCCCGAUAACAGUAGGUGGUCUCUUCAGGGCAUGACCGCUCUUGUUACCGGUGGAAGCAAAGGAAUAGGGCAUGCUAUUGUGGAGGAACUAGCAGGUUUUGGAGCAACUGUCCAUACAUGCUCUCGAAACGAAGUCGACCUUAACGAAUGUUUAAGUGAAUGCAGAAAGAAGGGUCUCCAAGUCACUGGUUCAGUGUGCGAUGUAUCCUCUAGAGCUGAGAGAGAGAAUCUAAUUAGCACUGCCUCUAAUCUCUUUAAUGGGAAACUUAACAUCCUUAUAAACAAUGUGGGGACAAACAAAACAAAACCGACCUUGGAGUAUACGGCCCAAGAUUUCUCUUUUAUCAUGGCCACAAAUUUUGAAUCAGCUUAUCACAUGAGCCAACUUGCCCAUCCUCUAUUGAAAGCUUCGUCAGCAGGAAGCAUUGUCUUUGUGUCUUCAGUUUGUGGGGCCAUAUCAAUCAGUACUGGUUCCAUAUAUGGAGCAAGUAAAGGGGCAAUGAAUCAGCUGACAAAAAAUUUGGCAUGCGAGUGGGCAAAAGAUAAUAUAAGGACCAAUUGUGUUGCGCCUUGGUUCAUGAAGACCCCUUUAUCCCAACCUGUAAUGACCUUUUCAUCACACCCGUGUGCUUUUUUCUUUUUCUUUUUCUUUUUUAAGAAACGUAUUUGGAUGAUGAAAACUUUUUCAAUGCUAUUAUCUCUCGAACACCUAUGGAACGCGUUGGAGAGCCCAAAGAGGUGUCUUCCUUGGUAGCAUUCCUAUGCCUACCGGCGGCCUCAUACAUAACGGGGCAGACUAUAUGCGUUGAUGGAGGUAUGACAGUGAAUGGCUUCACGUUCCCAUAAGCAUAUAUGGUUCAAAAUUACCGCAAACAAAUGCCGGUUUCCGUACUUUGUAGUAUUGCAUAAUAAGGCAAUUUCAAUUUGAUCUCUUUUGCGUGUCCCUAAUUAGUUUUGUUACAUUAUGAUGUAUGCAUGUAAUCACCAAUAAACUAUUACACUAUUGCGUGCAUAGAUAUGAGUCUUUUGGCAAGUGAAAUUGAUUUAUUUCAUGUUUUAGUUUA